AUGAAAGAGCGAAAGGUGUCAUGGGCAACGCUGGGUCGUGUGGACUCCCUCAACUUGGAGGCUGGAAGAGUUUCUUUUAGUCCAACCCACACCUCCAAUGUAGAUUGGAGGGUGACAUUGAGUCUGGCUUUUCAGAGCAUAGGGGUGAUUUAUGGUGACAUAGGGACGUCUCCUCUUUAUGUGUUUGCGAAUACAUUUACAGAUGGGAUCCGGGACACAAAUGAUACUAUUGGAGUCUUAUCCCUCAUCAUUUACACCUUAAUCCUCGUUCCCAUGAUCAAGUAUGUCUUCAUUGUUUUGUGGGCAAAUGACAACGGUGACGGGGGUACGUUUGCACUGUAUUCGUUGAUAUGCCGGUACGCAAAGGUGAGCUUGAUUCCAAAUCACCAACCAGAGGACGGAGAGCUAUCCAACUACAGGCUGGACAUACCGUCGAACCAGUUGAAACGGGCUCAAAAUAUCAAACAGAAGCUGGAGAACAGUAAAACUGCCCAGAUUCUGCUUUUUCUUGUCACCAUCUUGGGUACUUCAAUGGUCAUUGGCGAUGGGGUUCUAACUCCCAGCAUCUCAGUCCUUUCUGCCGUGAGUGGGAUCAACUCCUUAAGCGAAGAUUCUGUUGUGGGGAUCUCAAUUGCAAUCUUGAUUGUCCUCUUUUCUGUUCAACGCUUCGGCACAGAUAAAGUGGGCUACUCCUUUGCCCCAAUCAUCUUCUUGUGGUUUUCAUUCAUUAGUGGCAUUGGCCUCUAUAACUUAUUCAAAUAUGAUGUGGGUGUCUUACGUGCAUUCAAUCCCAAAUACAUGGUAGAUUACUUCAAAAGAAAUGGUAAGCAAGGAUGGAUUUCCUUAGGUGGAGUUGUACUCUGUAUUACAGGGACUGAAGCCAUGUUUGCUGAUUUGGGGCACUUUAGUGUUCAAUCAGUUCAAAUCAGCUUCUCCGGAAUAGUGUUUCCUGCGUUACUGUCUGCAUAUUGUGGACAAGCUGCGUACCUUAUGAAAUUUCCUAAAGAUGUGGCUAAUACUUUCUACGCCUCUAUUCCAGAUCCAAUAUACUGGCCAACAUUUGUUGUUGCUGUUGGUGCCGCUAUUAUAGCCAGCCAAGCUAUGAUAUCUGGAGCAUUUGCAAUUAUCUCCCAAUCCCUGAGUCUAGGCUGCUUCCCCCGAGUUAAAGUUGUCCAUACUUCUGCUAAGUAUGAGGGUCAGGUUUACAUACCAGAGAUCAACUACCUACUCAUGGUUGCUUGUGUUAUAGUCACUUUUAGCUUCAAGACCACAGAAAAGAUCGGCCAUGCAUAUGGAAUUGCUGUGGUAUCUGUAAUGGUCAUUACAACCUGUAUGGUUUCUCUUAUCAUGCUUGUUAUAUGGAAGAUAAGCAUAUGGUGGAUAGUUCUAUUUUUUGUGGUGUUUGCUUCGGUAGAAAUUUUGUACCUGUCAGCUGUCCUCUCCAAAUUCACUCAAGGGGGUUACCUUCCGCUGGCCUUUUCAGUUGUCCUAAUGAUGAUCAUGGGAAUAUGGCAUUAUGUACACAAACAAAGAUACAUGUUUGAGCUCAACAACAAGGUCUCUAGUAAUUUCAUAAGAGACUUAGCCCAGAACCCGAAUAUCAACAGGGUGCCUGGUAUUGGGCUUCUGUACUCAGAGCUUGUGCAGGGCAUUCCUCCAAUUUUUCCUCACUUCAUUGCCAACAUACCAUCUAUCCAUUCAGUUCUGGUGUUUGUCUCACUAAAGUUUAUUCCAAUAAGUAAAGUGGCACUCGAGGAGAGAUAUUUGUUCCGGCAGGUUGAGCCAAGGGAAUACAGAAUGUUCCGCUGUGUUGUAAGAUAUGGAUAUAAUGAUGCCAUUGAGGAACCCAAGGAGUUUGAGCUCCAGUUAGUGGAACACCUGAAAGAUUUCAUCCAGCAUGAACACUACAUACGUGAAGGAGGGCUUGCUGAACAAGCAGCUGAGGCAGUGAACAUCCCCCAUUCCACUUUGUUAGUGACAGAUGGAAAAGUCAAAGGAUCAGGUUCAUCCAUGGUUCACAUUGAGGAAACAAUGCACCAGAAUAACCCAACUCGUGUGUCAUCAGCAUCCAUCCAGUCAUUCAACGCGGCUAAGUCAUCAAAUUCUUCUAGCAGAAUCGUCUCAGGGCCUAUAGAGGGAGCUGAAGAGGAGAUGCAGUUUGUGCAGAAGGCAACAGACAGUGGCUUUGUUUAUCUCCUUGGAGAAUCAGAAGUGCGAGCAGAAAGGAAUUCAUCUCUUCUCAAGAAGUUUGUUGUCAAUUAUGCGUAUAAUUUCCUGAGGAAAAACUUUAGGCAAGGGGAGAAAGUAAUGGCAAUUCCGCGGACUAGGCUUCUCAGGGUUGGAAUGACAUAUGAGAUAUAA